AUGACAACUCUGGCCGGAGCCGUCCCCAGGAUGAUGCGGCCCGGGGCCGGGCAGAACUACCCCCGCAGCGGCUUCCCGCUGGAAGUCUCUACUCCUCUAGGCCAGGGCAGAGUCAAUCAGCUCGGAGGAGUGUUUAUCAAUGGCAGGCCUUUACCCAACCAUAUCCGACACAAGAUAGUGGAGAUGGCCCACCAUGGCAUAAGGCCCUGUGUCAUCUCUCGCCAGCUGCGAGUGUCCCACGGCUGCGUCUCCAAAAUUCUCUGCAGGUACCAGGAGACGGGCUCCAUCCGGCCGGGGGCCAUCGGCGGCAGCAAGCCCAAGCAGGUGACGACGCCGGACGUGGAGAAGAAAAUCGAGGAAUACAAGCGGGAAAACGCCGGCAUGUUCAGCUGGGAGAUCCGAGACAAGCUGCUGAAGGACGGCGUGUGCGACCGCAACACGGUGCCCUCGGUGAGCUCCAUCAGCCGCAUCCUGCGGAGCAAGUUUGGGAAAGGCGAGGAGGAGGAGGCCGAGCUGGAGAGGAAGGAGGCGGAGGAAGGCGACAAGAAGGCGAAGCACAGCAUCGACGGCAUCCUCAGCGAGAGAGCUUCAGCACCCCAGUCUGAUGAAGGCUCUGACAUUGAUUCUGAACCAGACUUACCUUUAAAAAGAAAGCAGCGUCGUAGCAGGACAACCUUCACAGCAGAGCAACUGGAAGAGCUGGAAAGAGCUUUUGAGAGGACACACUACCCUGACAUUUAUACUCGGGAAGAACUUGCGCAAAGAGCCAAACUCACGGAGGCUCGAGUUCAGGUCUGGUUUAGUAACCGUCGUGCUAGAUGGAGGAAACAGGCAGGAGCCAACCAACUGAUGGCUUUCAACCAUCUGAUCCCAGGAGGAUUUCCACCCAGUGCCAUGCCAACUUUGCCGACAUACCAGCUCUCCGAGCCAUCCUACCAGCCCACCUCCAUACCGCAAGCCGUGUCUGAUCCAAGCAGUACAGUCCAUAGACCUCAGCCUCUUCCUCCAAGCACUGUACACCAAAGCAGCCUCCCUUCGAAUCCAGAGAGCAGCACUGCCUAUUGCCUACCCAGCACCAGGCAUGGAUUUUCCAGCUAUACAGACAGCUUUGUGCCUCCGUCCGGGCCCUCAAAUCCCAUGAACCCUGCCAUUGGCAAUGGCCUUUCACCUCAGGUAAUGGGACUCUUGACUAACCAUGGUGGUGUGCCCCACCAGCCUCAAACUGAUUAUGCCCUGUCCCCUUUGACUGGGGGCUUGGAGCCCACCACCACGGUCUCAGCCAGCUGCAGUCAGCGGCUAGAGCACAUGAAGAGUUUAGACAGCCUGCCUACAUCCCAGUCCUACUGCCCACCGACCUACAGCACCACAGGUUACAGCAUGGACCCUGUCACAGGCUACCAGUAUGGACAAUAUGGACAAAGUGCCUUUCAUUAUCUGAAGCCAGAUAUUGCAUAA